CCCCCGACGUAUAUAAUAUUCCCGCCGCCGCGGCGGGGAGCCAGGCCGGGCAUGGCGGCGGCGGGGGGCGCAGCGAGCCGCAGGGGCCCCGGGCGGCCCUGCCCCUUUUCCAUCGAGCACAUUCUCUCCAGUCGACCCGAGCAGAGCCCCCCGGCCCGCGCCGCGCGCCCGCCGCAGCCCGCCGGUCGCCCGAGCCCCGCGCAGCCCGGAGAGCCUGGGACGCCAGAGGCCGCGCCCUGCACCUGCUGCUGCUGCUGCGGCCCCCGCGCCGCGCCCCGCGGGCCCCCGGAGCCGGUCGCCGGGCUGGGCUCGCGUUUGCCGUGGCCGCUGAGGUUGGGACCCGCCGCGCCCUUGCGCUUGGCGCCGCCGCCAGAAGGCUCCGGGGCGCUGCCCAGCGCCGGGGGACCGGGCCCGCAGCGGCGCACGCGGCGCCACCGCACCAUCUUCAGCGAGGAGCAGCUGCAGGCGCUGGAGGCGCUCUUCUUGCAAAACCAGUACCCCGACGUGGGCACGCGCGAGCGCCUGGCCGGCCGCAUCCGCCUGCGCGAGGAGCGCGUGGAGGUCUGGUUCAAGAACCGUCGGGCCAAGUGGCGACAUCAGAAGCGCGCGUCCGCGUCCGCCAGGCUUCUGCACGGGGCCAAGAAGUCCCCCAAGGAGAGCUGCUGAGGGUCCUGGUCCCAGGACAGGAGGCCGACCUCCCCUAACCGUGGAGGAAGAGACAGCAGCCCUCCCAGCUCCUGGCGCCUGUGUGCCCCCUUUCCCCAUGGCAGCCGGGUAGAGGGGUGGUGCCCUGGAGGGACGGAGGCUAGUGGACAUAGAGCAGGUCAGCUUCUUCAUCUUGCCAAUGCACCCCAGGACAGGAGCCUUCUCAUCAUGGAGAUCCCGAUUUCCAGGGUGGAGAUUCCUCUCCCUCAAGGGGGUUGCUGCUCAGCUACUCUCCAGGUAUGCACACACAGCAACCCUCACACACACACCCAGCAGGAUGGGUGCUGCCCAUGCUUCUGGGGUACAGCCGCUUCCUAGUGCUGCACCUGGAGUAGGGCUGCUUAGACUUUUUCCACCUGCUGUCCCCUUUGCUCCAGGAAUGCUGAAUGGUGGCUAUGGCGGAAGUACCUCGACACCAUGAUGUUGGCUAUUGUGUAACUUUUUAAUGGUGCUGGAGUUCACAAUCCUUUUGCUGCUGCCCACGUUUCUGCCAGCCCACAUUCAGCUUCAAGACCCACAGAAUCAUGCUAAAGGAGGUCAUCCUCCGAAGCCUCCCCUCAGCCCCAGCGCCAUCAUCCUGAACCUUGUGCAGAUGCCAAGAAAUAAAUGAGCUGCUAAAAGCAAUUGGAAGCUAGUCCAGGGUCUGUCAGUACCUUGGCUCACCCUUAAUGU